AUGGAUCGGUUGCCCCCCGAACUGCAUGUAAAAAUCGGCCGAUAUCUCUGGUUCAAGGAUUUAUACCAGCUGGUUCUCGUCUCGAAAUUCUGCCAUUCCAUUUUCACCCCGGAGCUUUAUCGCGAGAUUCAAUUUCGAGGAGUAUACCGGCUGUGGGAACCCAAUUUCCACAUGGACGAGGAUACCUCUUCUGCCCGAUGCCUCCCUUAUGCCAUCAUUGAAAACCCAGGUCUUGCUGGUUUCGUCCGGUCGCUGCAGUUGGUCCCAUUCAUAAAUCCGGCCCUGAGGAAUCCCUGGUUCGCUCUGCUAUUGCUUCAGCUAAAGUAUCUGCAACAUCUUUAUGUUUUCUUGCAAUGCGAUGAGCACGGGCAUGGCCAAAAAGGCCCCGCUCCCACGCCACAUUUUGACGAAGUCAUCUCCUGGGCAGCAAACCCUGAAUCAGGGAUCUUCACCCGCUUGACACAUCUCACACUUGAUGAAUCUCAAGCACGUUUUGAUUAUAAACCGCCAGGUAUAUCCGUGAUCCGCCUGAUUCCAUUUCUCGAAAUCUCUUCCUUAAGACAUAUUCGUGUUACGCGGAUUGCCGAUCAAAACGAACAAGCUCUCCCUCGCAAGUUCAACAGCAAAGUAACCCGUCUUGACGUCAAACAGUGCGAUAAAACCUUCACUCAAUUACCGCAGCUGCUCAUGGGGUGUUCAGAGCUCGAAUCCUUCACAUGGACGCUUGAGGAGUCAACACACCACCUAUUCAGGCGUCCGCACCGCCCUGGCUUUCACUGGGAACCAAACCGCGCAUAUGAUGCCAUUUACCAACUCCGCUUCACGCUGCGACACCUUAGUAUAAAAUCUCACAUAUGCCGUGGCGACCUCUACCUUCAUCACGAUGUGGAGUAUCCCCAGCCAGCAUACUUCGGGUCCUUAUGUGACUUUCCUGUCCUAGAAACCCUACAAAUGCGGAUGGUUAAUCUACUGCCUUUUCAACCCGGCACUCGUGUCCCGACUUCUCCUCUGUGGAAAAUUCUCCCAAGUUCGCUGCGGUUCCUCUCCAUAGACGGUUGCCUUAUGCAGACAUCUAAUAUGCUGUGCGAUGAGCUGGAGGACUUGGCAGCACAUUGCCAGACACAUCUCCCUCAGCUAGAAAAGGUGCACAUUGCGUAUUCCCAUUAUGAGAAGAUAAAUGGGCAACAAUGUCUAGCCUGUGAAGGCCCGGGUUCUGUCAUGUCGUACAAAGAAGUUAAGGCAGACCCGGCGAUCGUUGCUCGGCUUCGGGCAUUGGGAGUCAAAUUUAAUAAGCAAGGGGUAAGGCUCCGCCCCUUCGUCUAA